AUGCACCUAAAUCUCGACCACGCCAGGCGAGCACUGACGGCCGCGACGCGACGGAUGGACGAGGUCGGGAUACCCAUCGCGGCGAUCAACGAUCCGCCAUGUACGAAGAGGGUGAGGCCGCAGCUGCCGCCGGAAUUUUCGUAUUUCGGGGAAGAGGAGGAACCCCUGAGCGCCAUCUUCGUCCGUCGGCCCGAUUUCGACGUGUUCCCUGUGUACGUGUCAAGGCGAGUGGUUGCGGUGAGGUGUUCCACAAGGGACCGCGAGUGGUUGCUGGUGGCCGCGUAUGCGCCGCCGCACGUCUCCAUUGAGCCCACGUUAGACGAGAUCUCGGAGUGUCUCGACGGAGGGAAGACAUCUGAGGUCCUGGUCAUGGGCGAUUUCAAUGCGAAGCACGCCAUGUGGGGACCGAGGGCCAAUGAUAAUCGUGGCUCUCGUCUGAUUGAGUUUGUGGCGGCGCACGGAUUGGUCGUUCUGAAUGACGCGGCGUCCCCUCCCACCUACUCAACCCUCUACACCGACAGCUGGAUCGAUGUGACGCUCGCGACUCCCGCGCUCGUCCGACGAGGCUACAGGUGGUGCGUGUCGCCGGACGAAACGUUUUCGGAGCACCGGGCCAUCGACCUGGCGCUGCACAGUGGCACUGCGCGCGGCAAACGCCUCAGGAAGUGCGGCCGCCUGAACUUUGUCGCGGAGUUGCGCGACAUUCCUUGGUUCCGGCGGGCGGCCGGCGCAGACAUCCGUUCGCCGCGGGCGCUCGACGCACUGUUGGAGAAAAUGUACGUAAUCAUCGACCGAACUCGCACCAAACAUCUUCGGCCGGUCGUCCCGCAAAAACCGGGCAAGAGUUGGUGGACCCCGGAGCUGCAGCUCGAGAAGCGUCGAACGCGGGCCCUCCGGCGCAGAUUCCAGCGCUGCCGGGACGACGCCCUUCGACCGCUCCAUCGUCAGCUGUACAGCGAGGCGCUGGCGAAAUUCCGCCGCCGAGUCGAACGCGCGAAAGAGCAGGACGCGGGCGAGCGAUGCGCCGACUGUAGCCGCAAGUGUACGCGGCGCCUUCCGGGUGGGUUGUGUGCAAGGCCCAACUUACAGCAGAUCUGCUUGACUUAG